AUGGCAGGUCUGAAAAACGAAGAAUGCAGAACGAAUUUUCGCCAAGAUUCCUUCACAAAGUGCAUCCAGGACGCUGCAGGGGAAACGCUCCCGGCUCUAUUACCGCGGAAGAAGUUUGCCUUUGCAUCUGCUGAACCAAAAUCCACGUGCAAUUCUGUGUGUGUCGACACUGGUGACUUCAACCAGGAAAGGCGGCUUAGAAGAAAGUUACGUCGUCAACUGCAACAAGACUGCGAUAACGAGUGGACGUCAAGAGCGAAGGAGUUUGAAAAGGCGUGGGAGGACAAGAACCCACGGAAAGCCUAUGCUUUACUAAGACAGUAUAGUGGCAAAAUGAAAAGAUGUUCUCCUGCCCUUAACAGUACUAAUAGAGUGGCUGUCGGUGAAGCAACCCUUCCAAUUUGGAGGGAUCACUUCAAGACCUUGCUGAACCGGCAUCCACCGUCAGCUCCGGAACUCGGGCACGUUCAUAGGCCGACAUAUGCGGUUAACGAGGAACCACCAACCGAGUCGGAGGUUCUGGUCUGUAUCCAAAAGAUGAAAAAUGAAAAAUCUGGUGGAGAUGACGGAAUUAGCGCAGAAAUGUUGAAAUAUCUUCCUCCGUCUGAGAUUCGUGAGAUAACAAAGCUCAUCCAUUCAAUAUGGAUAGACGAAAGGAUACCUGACUCGUGGAGACACGCUAUCAUAAUUCCACUCCACAAGAAGUUAUUCGUCACGGACCCUAGGAAUUAUCGAGGAAUUUCUUUAUGCGUGUUAUGUACAAGGAGAGUGAUCGAAAUCUGGCAGCGGUAUUCGAAGCCAAUGCAAUUGGCGUUUCUGGAGUUUAAAGUCGCUUUCGACUCUCCUCAUCGAGGGCGUCUUCUAAACGCGCUCCGCGCCAAUGGAGUACCAGGAAAGUUUGUUCGCUUGCUUGACGACAUGAAUCGACGAACAACUGCUGCAGUUCGAAUACCAGCCAGAUGUACAACACCCUUUGAGAUGGUAACUGGAAUAAGAUAA